GCGAGCGGACGCAGCGCGUGCCCUCCGUCACCCCCCCCGCCCACCGUCGUCUGUCUCGGCGGUUGGAACUGCUUACGGGUCGUUUCGUCAGGCGGGCGGAGCUCUCGGGGAGGCCGGAGGGGGGCGGAGGCAUCCCGCUCUCCCUCAGCCGUUGCUUGGGGGCGGCGCCCGGGUCUUCUUUUUUUCCUUCCCCUUCCCCUCCUCCUCCGGUGGGAAACUCCCCCGGCUCGCCUCGACGUGUGAUUGGGUGGAAGAUGGCGCUGCGCGGAUGGAAAUCCUAAUGACAGUCUCCAAAUUCGCCUCCAUCUGUACCAUGGGCGCUAAUGCCUCGGCCUUGGAGAAAGAAAUUGGUCCGGAACAGUUUCCAGUCAAUGAGCAUUAUUUUGGUUUAGUAAAUUUUGGAAAUACAUGCUACUGCAAUUCAGUUCUUCAGGCACUUUAUUUUUGUCGUCCAUUUCGGGAGAAAGUCUUGGCAUACAAAAGUCAGCCCAGAAAAAAGGAAAGUCUCCUUACUUGCUUAGCUGAUCUUUUCCACAGCAUAGCCACCCAGAAGAAAAAAGUUGGAGUAAUACCUCCAAAAAAGUUCAUAACAAGACUUCGGAAAGAGAAUGAGCUUUUUGACAACUAUAUGCAGCAAGAUGCGCAUGAGUUCCUGAACUAUCUGCUAAAUACAGUUGCCGAUAUUUUGCAAGAGGAGAGUAAACAAGAGAAGCAAAACGGUCGUUUACCGAAUGGCAGCAUUGACAGUGAAAAUAACAACAGUCCACCAGACCCAACGUGGGUUCAUGAAAUUUUUCAGGGAACGUUAACAAAUGAAACCAGAUGUCUUACUUGUGAAACGAUAAGCAGUAAAGAUGAAGAUUUUUUAGACCUUUCUGUUGAUGUGGAGCAAAACACGUCUAUCACUCACUGUUUAAGGGGAUUCAGCAAUACAGAAACCCUGUGCAGUGAAUAUAAAUAUUACUGUGAAGAGUGUCGCAGUAAACAGGAAGCACACAAAAGGAUGAAAGUGAAAAAGCUGCCUAUGAUCCUAGCUCUCCAUCUGAAGAGAUUUAAAUACAUGGAUCAGCUACAUCGAUAUACAAAACUCUCCUACAGGGUAGUGUUUCCCUUAGAGCUUCGGCUGUUUAAUACAUCAGGAGAUGCCACUAAUCCCGACAGAAUGUAUGAUCUUGUGGCUGUGGUAGUCCACUGUGGAAGUGGACCUAACAGAGGACACUAUAUUGCAAUAGUGAAGAGUCAUGAUUUUUGGUUACUCUUUGAUGAUGACAUUGUAGAGAAAAUAGAUGCACAAGCAAUUGAAGAAUUCUACGGGUUGACAUCGGACAUCUCAAAAAACUCUGAGUCUGGUUAUAUCCUCUUCUAUCAGUCUCGGGACUGAAAUGGGUCUGUGGUGAAAAGUGACUUCCUGUAUCGCUGCUUUUCUGACAUUUGUGGAAAGGAGAAAA